AUGACAGGAAGGGCACAGACCACAGAAAAGUUUCAGCCUCUUCUGUUGAAACAUCCGACCGCUACGAAGUUAAGACGAAAGAAACGCUUAACAGUUGGUGAGCUUCCCCGGUAAUUUUUUGAGGUAAACGUUUUUUAUUUCCCUUGAAAAGUUCUCCAGUUAGCUAGACAUUGACGAUUUGAAAUUCAGACCUUGCUACGCAAAGAAAUUAUAGUCUGAAUCUUCAUAAACAAUGCCCUUGUCACAAUCCGUGUUUUAUUUGUUAGUAAAAUGAAAGUGGAUUUAGAGUAAACUAUUAAAACUAAACUGCAGGAUGGAAAUUAAGCCGGCUCGUAAUUUGUCAGUUAAGCCUUUCGACGUGAAAUCAUCCUUUUGUCUUCAUCGUAUAAAACGAAUAGGUUCCAUCAGUCUACAAGUAAGAUAAAGAAGAAAAGAAGAAGCAGAGACGAAACGUAGCGUUUUUAACUCGAAAAUGUCUAAGCUGGCACAAAUCCACACCUAUUCGCCUUCACUUGCAAAAAGCAAAAUAAUGGUGAAAACAUUUUCGCUAUAUCACACAGGCCCUGUAACAUGUAACAGUUAUUUUAGGCACUUCGAAUCGAGACUGACAGUGAAAAAAAAAUCACUAUAACGGUAUCCUUUUCCCAGAAAGAAACAAAAGCGGCUCCAAAAGGCCAAUAUUAUUUUGUUUACUCUAUCAAGGACUUUCCGGCGUUAGUUUUUUCCCUACAAUUCCAGAUUAUUUCGAAAGUUUUCUGAAGGCUACCGAAAAUGUCCAGAGUCUGCAAGUUGAGGAGAAAUCCAAAAAUUUUCCCCUUUAUUUUCCUUGUGAAGAAUAUAUUUUUUACUGUCGUGAAUGCGUAGAUAAGAUUUUUUUCAGGUUUUCAGAAAAUAUUCUCCAUGCGCUUAACAGUAUUUCCUUCGGAAACAGUAAACAUUAAAAAAGUUGACCAAAUUAACAGUUUAGACCAAUGUAACUUAUGGUAAAUAACACUAAACCUCAUUCAGACCCUCCUCGCAUUGUUCGCCUCUGGUAGUUCGUCUUGCCUGUACUCGUUUAAUUCCCUCUUGACGCAUAACACGAGUCAGUGACUGGACGGAUCGAUAAUACGGCCCUUAGUAUAAAAACGGCCAAUUUCAUCGAUAGUUUUCGAUAAAGUGAUGUUAAGUUAAAUUUCGCCAUUGUAAGCAACUGAAACUAUCAUGGCUUAACUAAUCGAUUUUCUGAAAAGCAAACAUUUGUCAAACUUCAAAGCAAAUUAAACUAGAAAGAUUCAAUUCGAACACUUUUGUACAUCAGCACAUUCUCCCGAAAAUUGUUGCGGAACAGGUUGUUAUAAAUACGUAACAAGCGUUUUUUGUUGGUAGAUAAAGAUACAUCGAUAAAGAUGAGGAAGACGAAAUCAUCGCUGCUCUGUCGCUCUAUUUUCUUGAUGUUAUCCAUGAUGCUUUGGGAGUGUUUGGUGUCUCUUAAGUUUUCUGCCAGCAGAAAAGACAUAAAAGGUAAGAGGUGACUUUUUCCAAGUCAGCCUAUCGCAGGUAACAUCACAUUUAGUUUAGGAAGACAUGUCUUUGGAAAGACCCAUUACAGUCCACUAGUUUUUUGUAAGAUCGUCAUGAUUGAGUGCUUAUCAAUCAAUCAAUUCCGUGCUUAGUUAGCUCUGUAGUUACUGAUGCUUCCCUCCGCAACCCUAGGCCUUCUGCGCUCUUUCCUCUCAUCCCACUGCGCAUGCCCCUCUCUCCUCUCCUCACACGCCUGAGUGGCUGCCUUGAAUGCAAACCUCCAGCGCUGUCCGUUUACGAGAGCGUUCGUUAGGAGACAUUCACACUGUAUUGAAAACCUUCGUUCUACUUCUUUGAUGCAAUAAUUGGUUUCUUUCAAAUUUUUGAACUUCUAUGUCGAACCAAUUACCAUUUCCCACCUCCGGGUGGUUCAAAUCAAAGGAAGACUAUCGUAAACUCGUGGGUAUGUUGUUUAGAAAAUAGUCAAACAGUCAAUUAUCAAGUCUGGCUUCCCACAGCAAAUUGCAGGAAAUGAUCAAAUUCAGAUUGUUUAUCCUGGACGGUCUACAAUACGAAUCAAUAUAUCUGUAUUUUUAAGUUUAUUAGUUCUUGUUUUUACAAUGUAAAUAUUAUUAGUCCAACAAAAGUAAGUUGAAAGAGUCAUUUUUCUAACAGGGCUACUUUUACCACAGGGAGGCCACACAAUCUGUCAGUAUGAUAUGAUUGUGAGCCGAUUCUUAUUUUAUAAUGUAACGUACUGGAUUUACCGUUUGCCUCACCUAUACUGAUAUAUCGCUAACUAUGUUUAGCAAUUAAUGAUAAAUAAACGUUGAAUCACCUUACCUGUGGUAUGUAGUCGUCCUUUUGCCUCAAAAGCGGUUUUUUGAGCGAUUUUUGAAGGAGUUUGAGUUCGCCGUUGACUGUGCCUUACGACAGAAGGACACUUGUCCUAGGUAAUUCAACGUUUAUUUAUCAUUGAUUGAUAUACAUAGUUACCGACAUAUCGCUAUAGGUGAGUCAAACGGUAAAUCCAGUACAUUUACUAUAAGGUUCCUCAACAAAAAUGACUGAAUCAGCUACAUAAACAGAUGUGUAGGCCCCCUGUGACUACACCAGGAAGGUUACCUGCUAAAAACGAUUCUGUUGAGUUGAUUGUUUAGGGCGCUUUGAAGCUAUAGAUGGUUUUCAUAGUGACGUCAUCAAAUUGUAAAGUCAAAUAGCGAGGUUUUACGAAUUCUUAUCUACACUAGGUUGAAGAUAAACACAAAGUAAAUCUUUGUACAAGUUUCCAUUCCUGUAACAUGUUUCAUUUCGAAAAUACAGCAAUUUGAACUUCCUAAUUUUCACAGUGCGUGACACCAAAAUAGGAGUGCUGUCUCGUUGAAAAAAAGUCUCUCCUCUUGAUUUUCAGCAGUAUAACUAUUUCAAGUAUUAGAAGAUAUGUCUAUGAGCACAUCAGCUAGUUCUCGAGUGAAAAGAAAGAGCUUUUAUAGAAAAAGCGAACUCCAGAUGUUUUGUUGAUUUCCGGCGGCCAUAUUGGUGCACCAAAACGGUGUACCAAUAUGGCGUCUCCAUACAAAGCUCUACAAAGGUGCGUGAAACGUUUCGGCAAAUAAUCCAGAAACUUUGGGCCACAAAGACCUGAGACUUGGACAAAUUGUUUAAAAAUUAGUCUUUUAAAACGUUUCAUUUUCUUGGCUUCUUCCACUGGACGGUUUCCAAUUUAUUUUUUUGUUGCGUGACAGUGAAAACGAUCUAUUUGUCUCCUCGCGACAAGAUUUCAUCGAUUGUGUUCGUGAUCCACAAUGAUCCACAGCUGAUAACUGGUUAGUGGGGCUCAUGGAACGACAAAGCUGCGAAAAUGAAAGAACAUUGUCUCCCCCUGGAAACCUCACUUUAAUGUUCGCUACCUUCCAAUAAUACUUAACUUUACAACUGACAUAACAAGCAAAUGAGGAACUUACCGGCUGCGGUACAGAAACUGUGAAACUGCUGAAACUGUCCCUCUUUUGACUCUCGACUGCCAACCUCAUUCAAAACAUUCACGAAUGUCUAACCAAGAGGUCGCAUAUUCAAGAAUGCUAAGAAACUCUUUAACAAGUUUAUCGCCAUUUCCUUUUAAAGCGUGUUCAGAAAGAAUCAUAGCUUUUUACUUUCUAGCGCUCACAAAAUUCUCGGAUGAAAAACUUAAGCCGCCAUUUUAAUUUGCAAGCAUGUUGGAUAGGGUGCUACGCAGCGGGGACUGUGAACUGGUAAAACAGCGAAACAAACUUAAAAACUGCCAAACAAAUUACCGAACCAAACUACCCGAGAAAUCGAGUUCUCCGGAGGCUUCCAAGAAAACCGUUCAAUUUUCUAUCGUGCAUGCGCGAAAUUCGUCACGCGAUUCGCAAGCAAAAUUAAUGGUCAGGUUUGUCGUCAAAUGGCGCGAGUUCCGCGGAAAUAAAAAAAUUGCGACAACUUUGAUCUGCUACGCAAGACUCACGCAAUAACGCAAACUAUUAUUGUUUAAGAGUGGUUGUCAGAGAAAACCGGGCAAAAUGUUAAAAAUGUCAACGGAAGGGGGUCGACAGAAUAAGUUCAUACUAACAUCAUCGAUAGGUCUGGUGGAGUAAUGGACAAAUAUACCAAACAUAGGUUCUUCACUGCUCUUGUAUUAGAGAUACGAGCAUCACUUUUUUCGACCCCCUCGGACGCCAUUUUUAUAAGCAAAUUUUCACCAUUUUCUGAAACUCACAGAACCCUCCAAAUUUAACGAGCGAAGUUUAUUUUUUGUAGCGAUACAACACAUCACAGAACUACUUUGUAAAACCAUAAGAUUUGUUAAGUAUCCACGGACAAGACUAAAAUCUUCUUUUUUUAUCUGACCUAAACUCAGUGUCCGCAAACGAGCAAAAAAUCGGGCAUUUUUGAAUUGAUCUACAGCGCACAACUAUACGACAGAACAACUCUGACAGCCAAAUUGCAGUCUACUAUCAUCCAUGUAACCAAAACACUAAUAAUCAUUUUGGGCCAUUGAAACAGGAAGAAAUUACAAAACUCACAUUUGUUAUAGUUUCCAAGCUUUUUCUUGUAAACAGGCCGAUCCCUUUGUGUUUGUUUUUAGUCCUCUUCGUGAAUUUUCCGUCAUAUUUCGCUGUAAAGUAUGUUCAGCAGCUGGAGAACAUAUCAAAAAGCUCGAAAUACUGCCUAGGUUACAUUUUCAAAGGGCAAAAAGUGCUGAACGAUAGGAUGAAACUAGAAAAUAACAAAGCGACGCCAUCUUGAAAAUUCAGCACUCAGGAGGGACUGGCACUAGUAGCUGCCUUGUCCACAAGUCAUGAAUUACCAAACAGAUAAAAAACAAAAACGAACAAACCGGCUUAUCAGCGACCUAUUACAGUCCUAUUUCUUCUUCAAUUACUACUUUUAGUUAAACUGUUGUCGUUUUUUUUUUUUUUCGGCGGAGUGAUGUGGUGUGGUGAACAGGUGACCAUUGUUUUCUACAUCGUGUAAGCCGGCGUUCCAUGGUCUGCUCUGUAUGCUCGCUGUAAUUGUACAAACGCUACUUGAAGAAUAAGCCAAGAAAUUUGAGGGACACGCGGAACUUCACAUAUCGUUAUUUAGAAGUUGCAUCUCAAUGAAUUCUUUUACAAAAAGUAGAUUUAUCGGGAAUUAUACCUGGAAGAGUUCCCCUGUUGUCCGACUUUAGUAUCAUUAUAGACCACCUCCCAAAUAAAAAUACCGACCACUAAAGCUGCGCCCUUUUGGUGGUCGCUUACGGGAGAUUCGACUGUAUAAAAAUAAAACUGCAGGGUGUCUAUUAAUCCCUGUCAUUGUCAGUUAAAUCGUGCGUGACGUGUGAUAAAUUGGUUAUGUUGAGACUUUAAAAUGGUUUCAAACUGUUUUGCGAGUGAACAGGGGAGGGAUGAACUGACAAACACUUCAGCUCUUAAAUUCUGUUUAGUCAAGAAAGCUUAUGAUGUUAUAUAAGCCUCAUGGUUGCUUUGGGCAUCAUUGCCAAUUUUCUCUUACAAUAGUAAAAAUUUCAUUUAGUGAAAAUAGACAGUAAUAAUAAUAAUAAUAAUAAUAAUAAUAAUAACAAAUAAGUGCUCAUCGUAAAAAUUAUAUUUACGUGAAAAAAAGGGAAGAAAUCUUACCAAUGUACCUCUUGAUGGUCCUGGAUGGAAUGAAGCUAAAAAUUGACGACAUAGCCCUUUUUAUGUCGGGGUUUCCUUACUUCAAUGACCUUCAUUCAUGAUUGCAAUUGAACAAUUAACUGUGCAUGUAUAACUAUUUUUCACGAAAUGCAUGAACAGGCCAACAGUGAAAACUAAACAAUAAUCUCUAUUAUCUCUAUUGCAAGACCCCUUGUGUAAAAAAAGAAAAAUUGAAGAAUAUGAUACAAAUUUCGCAACAAGUUUGGAGUAGCUAAUUAAAAAAACCUUAUCGAGUGGACUGUGUGUCGGUGUCCGAUAUGACUUUUUAAUCCAAGUUCAGUCCGUGGUAAAUACUGUGACUGGUGCCCUAUUUUGUCUUCAUAACUCGAUGUUUUUCUAAGAUAAUUGUUCUUCUAAGAAUUUUUGAGUGACAUUUUGUUAUAUAAGGUUUUUUAAGGGAAAUUUUGUAAAAGUCAUUCUAGAUACAAUGGUUGAGCUGAUACGCUGGCGCUUUCCAAUUCGCUAGUGUCGUGUCUUUAUCGAUAUUUUCUCACGUAUUUUCUAUGACAUAGGCAUUCAGGAAUGUGUAUACGUUAGGUAGCUACCCAACACAGGCUAAUCUGAAGUUAAAGUGUUCAGGAUAAAUAAAAACGAACAAACGAAAAAAAGCGAAAUAUGAUGAUUAAACGGACUGAAAAAUAGAAAUAAGCAUUAACUGAAAAGGUACAAUCACUGCAAGUCAUGUAACUUUGCUUAAGACGGAGCCCAUCAGGAAAUUGAGUAAUUUCAAUUUUCAGUGGACAAAAGCCUUGUACCAGAAUAAUUUAAUAAACAAUAUCGCAUUCUUUUUUACAUUUCUCAAGGGCUAUAGAUAUUAUAAUUAGUUAUCUGUAAUAACACCAAAGACUAUUUUGUCAAAUUUCACAAGAAUUAUGAAAACACAGGUAAAAUUUUAUGAUUGUGGAAGAUGUCAUUUGUGAAAUUUGACAUUCAUUCAAAAAUUCCUUAUCUUAGUUUUUCUGGUACCUAAUGACCUCAAGGCCCCGGAGUUUCAAUUUUAAUUAAAAUGUUUAACUUUUUAACUUUUUCCAGCUAUUCGACAACAACAUAAUGGUGACAAACUAAACAAUAAUCUCUGUUGCGGUGUGUUAAUAUAAAUAAAUGUAAAGUUGUUAGUUAUAAUAAAGUAAUUUACAAAUUUGGGCCAGAGGCUUGAAAAAGUUGAAAAACUAAUCGAAAGGCCUCGUGUGCCAGUGCUAAUCAUUUGACAGCUGCCUCUCUUUAAACGUAAACAAACCUUUAUUAAACGUUUUUGUUCUUGUGGUCAGUUGAGCUGAUCUGGUUCAUUCCCUUCAUAAUCUCGUCAUAUUUAUUUCUUCUUCUUACUGAUUGUGUUAUUCAAUAAAAGGAAAUUUAACCAUAUUUAAGGUUAAGACUAGCUGUAAUCUCUAUGUCAGGGUUAAGGAAAAAAAGAAAGUUUCAUGAAAUUACAAAUUUUGCAAAAAAUUUGGAUUAGCUACUCGAGUCGACGGUGCCGGUGCCAUGUGCUCAGUGCAAAUCAUUUUCACGUUACUGACUGCGAAUAUUGGAUGACUAGUCGUCUCUAGCUCUUUCUACUAAGUUUCACUUUAUGUUGUUUCCAAAGCUAAGGGCCACUUAUUUAAACAGAUUUUAACCUGUGUUUAACAAAACCGUGUUCUAUUCCAUUUUCAGUUUGUCCAACGCUUUUAUCUAAACGCCACUUGAUUUAUCGUCAGGUGAGCAAUUUCAAUAAAGCAUAUAGCAUAGACUGGAAAAGCACAUGUUUCAAACCUCAGGUUUCAACAGAGAGAAAAACAAACCUUCGAGGGCUCGUGUUGUAAGACCCUCUUUUGUAGUACUCUUGCUUCUGAUAUUAAUUCCUCGCUUGAAUUUUCCAUUCAACAAUGACUAAAGAAAGGUUCUAAACAGCCGUAAGGAGAGGAAGGAGAAACUUUUGAAGUAAAUGAAACACGCGAAAAUUAAGAUUGUGCUGUACAUGGUUACACUUUUUUGUUACUAACUCCUUUCUCGUUUAAUUGUUAAAGUAACCAUUAAAAAAAUGGUUGAUGAGUUGUAACUGUAUGAAAAAGUACUGAGUCGGCACCAGGUAAACCAUUUUUAAAGUCCACAACCCCACAACCCCACAACCGCCCGGCUGCGCCCUCGGGAAACGCACUAGUAGAUUCAACUCCAGAAAAAUUUGCCAACAUUUGACAAAUUGACAAGGUGGAAUAAGGGUGAUGAAGUUUGAAUCAGCUCGAAUACACUUUUUAAGUGACGUUUUCAUAGUCGUCGUCGUCGCUGUGUUGCUUAAGCUCCCUACUUCAGAGCAGUCACGUGGCUUUGUGAGUCUAAGAAUGACACCUAGUUUUCUGAAUCAGUGCAAUAUAAAGCAAAUUUUCGUAGAAAUUUAGAGGCACCAGCCAUAGUUACGAAAACGAUUUGCAUUCACAAAUGACACGGUACACCAUCCACUUGAUUGAGCUUUUCGCAAGUCUAAACGUCUUGUCAGUUUUUUAACUUCAACUUUUAUUUCAUUUACAUGGUACGCUGCAAUAUUAAUCCGUUUUUUAGCUAAUAAUGUUAAACAGAUAAUUGUUCAUUGACUAGAACACCCCUGGGUCUUAGAUCCUUACGUACUAGUAAAUUUUCACAGGGUGAAAUAUUACAAAUAUUCUAUACGAAAAAGGGAAAAUAUCAUGAAGAGACAAUAGCGUAUUUAGCGUUUUUAGCUCAUCCUUUUGACCCGAUACUAUCCAGGAUAACUAUCACAAGAUUACACAAAAAACAUUCAGGAUCAACCAAUCAUAUCAAAAUAAAGUAAAGACUGGAAGAAAGAGAUGCACCCGUCAUAAUUACCAGGAUGACUUGCAUGAACACGGGCACCGGGAAACCAUCCAUUCGUUUAGCUUUUCAGCUAGUCCCAAUUUCUUGACAAAUUUUAAACUUCAUUACUUUUCUUUUACUUAUGUUAUACCUUGCAACAGAGAUUUUUUUUGGUUUGUCACUAUUACUCUCUCUAAAUAGCGAAAAAAAGCCUAGUUAUACGGUUAAUUAAAAUUAUUCAAUUGCGCUCAUUUAAGGUCAUUAGGUACCAGUAAGGUUCAACUGCGAGCAAGCUCUCCUGGAAAGAGUUUGCUCGCAGGCUACAGUGAGGUUAGAAAACCAGUCACGUUUAUUCUCUAGCACCGGCUAUUAAAAGGAUUAAGUCAUUGUUAAGCUCCAUUCCAUCGCAGACCAGCAAGAGGUAAAGACAAAAAAUCGUCUGUGAACAUUUGGUAAGCUUCCUUCCUUUCAUUUUAGUGUGACUAUUUUACUUAGUACUUUUCGAGAAGUUGAAAGGUUUUUUUAUUUCGAAUGUUUUAUCAUAAUCAUUAUAAUUAUAAUUUAUUAUUAUUUCUUAGAGCGGUUUUCACUUGACUGUCGUAAAACCAAAACCAAAGUAAAUACACUAGCCAACCAAAGGGCGUAGUAAAACCAAACCAAAACCAAAACCAAUCCCUUUCGACAGUCAAGUGAAAACCGCUCUAUACAACCUAAGCUAAUCCUUAACUAUAAUCUUAAAUUUCCAGCCAGUAGGAGCGACAGUGGUGAUCUAGCUUCCUUCCGAAGCAAAGACAAUAUUUUUUUUAGAAACAGUUUUAUUCUGACUGUGAUUUAAAGUUAAUGUACUUCAGAGAUGUGUGCGUAAUUUUACUUCACCAUGGAAGGCCGGUUUAGCGCUAACCUCGGCGGAGCCGUUAAAUUUUUGAAAAGGGCCGGUUUCUUUUUCUAUUGUUCGAAAGCACUUUAUCCGAUAAUGUUCACUAUUUUUUUUAGAGCAUCCAAUCAUCAAAUUUUAGACUGACAAAAAGAAUUAAAAAACUGAAUUUGCUUUUUAAGCCAGCUUUUCUAUCUGCAAUCAAAUUUUGCAGUAACAUUGGGUUAUCUUCACCCAUUGUAGCUUUCAAAAACCCGGCCCCGCGGGUUGUGAUCAAAGAAAGUAAAGAAAAUCUUUCAAACCAAUGGUUAAUUGAAUAUCUGCAAAUCGAUUCUUUAUUCUACAGUUUUAGUCCAGAAUGAAGGCAACACUAUGAGAAACACACUAUUUUACCUUUCCUGUAUCAUUUAAGCAACACAAUAACAACAGAUGACUAUAAAUGAGCCAAAAUUGUCAUUUAUCUAUCUCGAAUCUAUCGCCUGACGCCUUGAUGUUUGUGACCUAAAUCUUAGGUCAGCAUUGCGAUAUCAUGGAAAUUCGGUCGGCGCCCGCUCGAAAACUUUACAAGAUCCCAGAAAAACAAAACUGUAACUUUUAAGGACUGUAUUUUAGGAAUUUAUGGUAGCAAUAUCAACGAUUUGCAGUCACUAUCACAUGCCUUUCCAUCGCGAUGAUUUAACCCUAAUUUUGCAUGUCCUUGAAGGGCUGUAAAUGUUCCCUCCGAUUUCGAAUUUAUUUCUUACAGAAAUAACCUGAGACGAAAACUAUCCAUAUAUUUUAAUAAAACAAGGCCCUACUGAAUAGUUACAGCAAAAGAAGACUGGCUACUAUGUUUUAGAUCGAACACGAUUAUUUUGAACAUAGUGAAAUUUUGGGCUGGCGCAUAGCCAAAUACGCCAAAAUUAUUUUUAACCGGUUAUUUCAAAAGAAAAGCGUAUUUCAAAUAACUAGUUCCAUAUUACUGAAGGUAGUACCUUAGCCUUUCCCUGGACAAAAAAUGAGCAGAAUCGAUUUUUUGACUGUGGCCACGAAUUUUCGAUUUUUGUUUGAUUUUUACGGACAUUCACUCUUAAAACGUUCGAAACUGUCCACAAGACGGGUGUCGAGUGGUAGAUUUUUCCAUAAAUUAGGGGCAGCAGAUGAAAAAGCACGGUCCCCUAUAAAGUCGUUUUCAGUUUUAAACCGGAAUACUUUAAUAUAAGACCGCUAGCUGAACGGAAAUUAUCGCGCGGCUGUUCUUUAAUAGCGAUCAAAUCAAUUAAGUAACCAGGCGCAUGACCGUAGAUAGCUUUAAAAGUAAAAAGAAGUAUUUUAAAAUCAAUACGAAAUUUGACAGGAAGCCAAUGUAACGAUCAUAGUACUGGUGUUAUGUGACUGUAGCGAGGAACAUUAGAUAUAAGCCAAGCAGCUGCAUUCUGGAAGCGUUGCAGUUUAAGUAGACGAACAGAGGGUAAAAAAUUGAAAAGAGAAGGCUGUUGCAGUAAUCUAUACGACCAAUGAUAAAAGCAUGGACCAAAGUGCGUUCUGAUUCCUGGGACAGAUACUUUCGGAUACGCCAAAUAUUGUAUAUAUGGAAAAACUCAGAUUUGCAAGUAUUGUGGAUCUGCCCCUGGAGAUUCAAGUUAGAAUCGAACCAUGUCCCUAAAUUUCUUGCCACAGUGACAGGAGCAACGUCAAUGCUUCCUACGGAAAGGCUAUGGAAAGCUAUUUUGUACCAAUCAACAUGAACUCUGUUUUGUCAUCAUUAAGUUUGACCUUAUCCGUAAGCAUCCAGGUAGGAAUGUCGGAUAUUCAGCGUUGCAUGGCAACGACCGCAUCAGUGUGAUUAGCAGCCGAGUGCUUCAUAUAAACAAAAUAGAAAAUAGACGAGCCUUUUUCUUUAGAGUUAGAGGGUACUUGCGCACCUAAAAAAUUGACUCUAAGAAACUGUUGUCGAGCCUAAGAAAUUUCGAUCCUGAUUAUUUGAAUCAAACUCACUUCUACUCUACACUCCCGAUGUUUCGGAAUUUUAAAGUAAGAAAAUCAUGUUGCUUUUAUUUUCCUUGCAACGAAACAGAUGUGAGCUCUACAAAGUGGCUACAACCCACCAGAGAUGAGGCCAGAUCAAGUGACAGAGUGAACCCAACUGACCCUGGCUAUGUUUAUAUCAUGAUUAUGGAGGACUGCGAAGGCUACAGUGCGCCACCAUUCGCGAAGAUAGGCUGGACACACAAUUACACUGCACGAAGACAGACACUUAAUAUUGGAAAUCCUCACGAAUUGACAGUUGCAUAUACCUGGUGGGUUUCCAACAUGAUUAGGGCGGAAGGUGCGGCCAAAGCUAAACUGAAUAGAAAACAGCUUCGCCUUGAUUGUGAUGGAGGAUCAGAAUGGUACCGAGUCGAAGAUGAUUUAGAUGAUAUAGACGACUUUGCAAAAAUAGUUAGAAGAGCAAUUAAGGAUUAUGUUGAUGAAGACACGUCGGAAGAAGAGUCGGAACAAGAGGCGGAACAACAGCCGGAAGAAGAGUCGGAAGAAGAGUCGGAACAACAGCCGGGAGAAGAGUCGGAAGAAGAGUCGGAAGAAGAGUGGGGAGACCGAGGCUUAGCUGUGUCGUCCAUUAAUCGUGCCCCUAAUCAAGCAGCCGCAAAAAUGGCCACAAAUUGCGGACAUAACAACACAAAAUGGCGACAAGAUCUCAAAGGAAAUAUGUUACAUGUCAAAUAUAAUUGUAAAUGA